UUCAUCCGCCUGCAUAUGCAGCCAACCGGACCGGACUUUCCGGAUCCUGAAGCAAUGGGCAGUGAAAUAACUGAACUUCGCGCCCGCCUCGAGACUUUGGAGACAGAAAAUGCAGAUCUUAAACUCCGGCUAGCCGCCAGGCUCUCCGGCCCCGAUGCAUCGCCAACAGUAGCUGCCGCAAGCGCCGCUGUCUCCGGUGUGCAAGGACCAUCCGAAUCAGCUGGCACCACUUCCACAGCUCUGAAAGCACAACAAUAA